GUCCAGCGGAGACGGGAUCAAGAUGGCGAUUCCAGGCAGGCAGUAUGGGCUUAUUUUGCCAAAGAAAACACAGCCGUUGCACCGAGUUUUGCAAAAGCCAUCAGUGUUUGGGAAUGAUUCUGAUGAUGACGAGACUUCCGUGAGCGAAAGCCUUCAGAGGGAAGCUGCUAAGAAGCAGGCCAUGAAACAGACCAAACUGGAAAUUCAGAAAGCUCUUGCAGAAGAUUCCACUGUGUAUGAGUAUGACAGCAUUUAUGAUGAAAUGCAGAAGAAAAAGGAAGAAAGUAACCCCAAAUUGCUUCUGGGGAAAGACCGAAAGCCCAAAUAUAUUCACAACUUACUAAAAGCAGUAGAGAUCAGGAAAAAGGAACAGGAAAAAAGAAUGGAAAAGAAAAUACAGAGAGAACGAGAGAUGGAAAAGGGAGAAUUUGAUGAUAAAGAGGCAUUUGUAACAUCUGCUUAUAAAAAAAAACUUGAAGAGAGAGCUGAAGAGGAGGAAAGAGAAAAGAGGGCAGCUGCCCUGGAAGCACGUUUGGAUGUGACCAAGCAGAAAGAUCUCAGUGGAUUUUAUCGGCAUCUAUUAAAUCAAGCAGUUGGUGAGGAGGAAGUUCCUAAAUCCAGCUUUCGUGAAGCCGGGACUGUAAUAAAAGAAGAGAAGCUCAGAGGUUACCCUGAUGAAACAGACUCAGAGAACAGACCGCCACAGCAGAACUGCAUCCUACAAAGUGGUAUGGGAGAAGUGGAGGAAAACCCAGAUGCUGACAGUGAUUUUGAUGAUAACAGCAGUGAGGAUGGUGAAAGGGGAGACCAUAAAGUAAAGUCCAGAGGGGAAGAUGACUCCAGUGCAGCCAUGAAAUACCCCAAGCAUCACAAGAGUCACGCUCACUCACGAUCAUCUAGUGAGGAAAGGGGGCUCAGUACCAAGCACCACUCAAGUUCCCAGUCAAGAGGACAUGAGCUAAAGGGAGGCCAGCACCAGGACAGGCAGUCCAGAGACCAAGAGAGCUGUCACAAGGACCGCAAACACCGGGAAGAAAAGAGUUCUCAUAGGCACAGAGAGGCCAGUCAUAAAGAUCACUACUCGAAGAGGCAUGAGCCAGAAGAUAAACCGAAGGGACGAGAACAGGGAGAAAGACAGGACAGAGAACGGAAGAGGGAGAAAUACUCCUCAAGGGAACAAGAAAGAGACAGACAUUGGAAUGAUCACGACCGAUACAGUGAGAAAAGGAAAGAAAAAGAAGAGCACACAAAAACAAGGAGGGAAAGAUGUGAAGACAGUGCCAAGUACAGAGAGAGGGAGAAGCCAGAAGGAAGUGGGCAGUCUUCAGAAAGACAUCGAGACAGAAGGGAAAGCAGUCCACGGUCUAGACCAAAGGACAACACUCUAGACCAGGAAAGAUCCACCAAAGCGAGAAACACAGAAAAGGACCAAGGGGAACAAGGGAAGCCCUCUGGUUCUGAAACAUCACUAGCAACAAAACACAGACUGGCAGAGGAAAGACCAGAAAAGGGCAGUGAGCAAGAGAAGCCCCCUGAGACUGUGAGCAAGUUUGCAAAACGGAGCAAUGAGGAAACCGUGAUGUCAGCUAGAGACAGGUAUUUGGCCAGGCAAAUGGCACGGAUAAAUGCAAAGACUUAUAUUGAAAAAGAAGAUGACUAAGGACUGCCCAGAUCUGGAGUUCCUUGGAAGCACAGAGCAUUGUGACCCUUGAACUUGCUUUAAGAAACCAUAUGACUAUAUGAACAGACUGGAGAGUAUUUGUAAAGUGUAUUUUCAAAAUUUGUUAAGUCAAAAGUCAGUUCUUUGAUCUUUGGUGCUUGUCUAGAUUUGUGAGGUAUUUCCUAAUCUAUAGCACUUUCUUGGUUGUACUCAAGAAUCAUAAGGUGUUAAAUCUUAUAGGUGAGAAAAAUUGGCUUCAUGUUAUAAUUUAUACAUUAAAAAUAACUUAUAAAAAUGUUGUUUUGAGGGGUUUUUGUUUGUUUUUGUGUUAACUAUUUAUUACUUGGGUGAAUGUUUUGCCUACAUGUAAGUCAGUGCACCAAGUGGCUGCCUAGUACCCACAGAGAAGGCCAGAAGAAAGCAUUGGAUCCCCUGGAACUGAGGUCAUAGAUAGUUGUGAACCACCAUGUAGGUGCUAGGAAUUAAACCUGGCUCCUCUCUAUGAGCAGCCAGUGCUCUUAACCACCGAGCCAUCUCUCUGAAGAGUUUUUUGUUGUUUGUUGGUUUUGUAUUUUGUUCUACAUCUGUUGGGGGCGGGGGGGGGGUUACUGCUGCUCUUAUACUCUGGUUGCCCAAGUUUCUGGAAAUCCUGUGCACAAGUGAUCCUUGUCUCAGCCUCUCAAGUGCUCGAACUAUAGGCAGUGACCAACCCUAGGCCCAGUUUCUCUUGUCACAGAAAUUUUGUAAAUACUAUCUUUUGAGUUAAAAUAUAUAAAUUUUAGAAAUAGAAAAAAUUGUAUAUGUUCUGAAAUUCCUGUUACAGUGUAACAGAAAGAUAGAUCAUGGAUGUUGUCUAAACUUUUUGAUCCAGCAUACUUGGCUUAAAUAAAGAGAGUCAGCUGCCCUGCAUUGAAUUCACCUUUACGUGACUUCCGGGAUAGGGCAGAGCUCAGAAGGAGAGCUCUUGUCUGACGUGCACAAGGUCCUGGAGUUGAUGUCCAAGACUGAAAAAAAAGCAAUAAUUUUAUUCAUGUUCAAUUUUUGAUUGUUUAGAAGACAUCACUUUUUUUGGUAAGUUUGUAUUUUGCAAAUUACUAAAUUGGUAUGUAACUAAAUCUGUCAGCUGAGAAUGAAAAAAAAAAAUGUUUUAUAUACUCCAGCAAGGAGACUGAAACUUGUUAAAACUCCAUCUCUAUGUUCAAAUAAAACUAGCUUCUGAGCUAAGUAAGUCAUUGGA